GAUCAGCAUUCGUUCACAUCACAAGCUCUUGUAAAAUCUCAAGAAUCGUUUCCGCUAUCAUGGCACCCCCCAAUGACAAAGCACACACCCUUCUCAGCUUCUUCCGACCGAAGAGCCCUGAGAACCUCAUCGGUCUAUCAGGCAGGAAAUUAACCGUUAAGGGUGUGCCGAUCCUCUCAGAGGUCCCGAGCAACGUCUCCUUCACCCCGUUUUCCGAAGUCCCCAUUUCCUCCGAUGCACCGGCCCCCGUAAUCCAGCGUGUCGAGUCAGGGGCCCACAAGGGUGGGUUUCUGGGGUUCAACAAGGGGGAACCGUCCGAUCGUCUGAUCAAUUCCUUAGGGAAGUUCACCGGCAGGGAUUUCGUGAGCAUAUUCAGGUUCAAGACAUGGUGGUCCACCAUGUGGGUCGGAAGUUCAGGCUCGGAUGUCCAAAUGGAGACCCAAUGGGUGCUCCUAAAUGUGCCAGAGACCGGAUCAUAUGCCGUUAUCGUGCCCAUAAUCGAGGGCAGCUUCCGGUCCGCCCUACAUCCCGGGACAAACGGGCAUGUCAUGAUAUGCGCCGAGAGCGGGUCAAGCCAAAGGAAAACCUCAUUUUUUAGGGCGAUCGCAUACAUCCAUGUCGGUGAAAAUCCAUACAACUUGAUGAAAGAUGCUUACAGUGCCAUAAGGGUUCAUCUCAACACCUUCAGGCUCUUGGAGGAAAAGAAGGUGCCCUCUCUGGUGGAUAAGUUCGGUUGGUGCACUUGGGAUGCAUUCUACCUAACGGUGGACCCUGUUGGGGUUUGGCAUGGGGUCAAGGACUUUGCUGAUGGGGGAAUCAGCCCUCGGUUUCUUAUCAUUGACGAUGGGUGGCAGAGUAUCAAUCUAGAUGGGCAAGACCCGACUAAGGACGCCAAGAAUCUCGUCCUUGGCGGGACCCAGAUGACUGCCAGGCUCUACCGGUUCGAGGAGUGUGAGAAGUUCCAGAAGUACAAGGGCGGGUUGAUGACUGGCCAGAAUGCUCCCUCGUUUGACCCAAAGAGGCCGAAGAUGCUCAUUGCCAAGGCCAUAGAGUUGGAGCAUGCCGAGAAGGAUCGGGACAAGGCAGCCCUCUCAGGUGUGAAGGACUUGACCCAGUUCGAGAUGAAGAUCGCAGAACGGAAGAAGGAGCUGGACCUCAUGAUCGGGGAGGAAGAAGAUGACGGUUCGAUCCAAGGAGGAGGGUGCAAGGGAUGUUCAUGCAAGGCUAACUUUGGAAUGAAAGCCUUCACAAGAGACUUGAAGACAACCUUCAAGGGCUUGGACGAUAUCUACGUGUGGCAUGCCCUGUGUGGUGCUUGGGGCGGGGUGAGGCCUGGGGCAACCCACCUCGACUCCAAGGUGAUCCCUUGUAAGUUAUCCCCAGGACUCGAUGGGACGAUGACUGAUCUCGCCGUUGUGAAAAUCAUCGAAGGAGGAAUUGGGCUUGUCAAUCCUAGUCAAGCUGAUGAUUUGUACGACUCCAUGCACUCCUAUCUUGCCAAAGUCGGUAUCACUGGAGUGAAAGUUGAUGUCAUUCACGAUCUUGAAUAUGUUUGUGAAGAAUAUGGAGGCAGGGUUGAUCUUGCAAAAGCUUACUACAAAGGGUUGUCGGAUUCCAUGUCGAAGAACUUCAAUGGAACUGGACUUAUCUCAAGCAUGCAACAAUGCAAUGACUUUUUCCUCCUCGGAACUAGACAGAUUUCAUUUGGAAGAGUCGGUGACGAUUUCUGGUUCCAAGACCCGAACGGGGACCCGAUGGGAGUGUACUGGCUGCAGGGGGUGCACAUGAUCCAUUGCGCCUACAACAGUAUGUGGAUGGGACAGAUUAUCCGACCUGACUGGGACAUGUUCCAGUCGGACCACCUCUGCGCCAAGUUCCAUGCUGGAUCCAGGGCCAUCUGCGGCGGGCCUAUCUAUGUUAGUGACUCUGUCGGAGGCCAUGACUUCGAGCUGAUCAAGAAGCUGGUGUUCCCGGACGGCACCAUUCCGAAGUGCCAGCACUUCGCCCUCCCUACCCGUGACUGCCUCUUCAAGAACCCUCUCUUCGACAUGAAGAGUAUCUUGAAGAUUUGGAACGUAAACAAGUAUGGUGGUGUCAUAGGGGCAUUUAACUGCCAAGGAGCUGGGUGGGACCCAAAAGAGCAUAGGAUCCGGGGCCAUUCCGAGUGCUACAAGCCCAUGUCCGGCUCCGUGCACGUCACGGACAUCGAGUGGGACCAGACCCCAGAAUCCACCCGGAUGGGCUGUGCUACGGAGUACGCAGUCUACCUGGAUCAGGCGGAGCAAAUCUUCCUUACCGGUGUCGGAUCUAAGCCGAUCCAGAUCACAAUCCAGCCUUCCACGUUCGAGAUCUUUUCCUUUGUUCCCGUCACGACCAUGGGCCCGAAUGCUAUCAAGUUCGCCCCGAUCGGGCUCACCAACAUGUUCAACAGUGGAGGUACAAUUCAGGAGCUGGAGUACGUUGACGUCUUCAGCGUCAAGAUGACGGUGAAGGGCUCGGGCAAGCUAUUGGCCUACGCCAGUAGGCCCCCCAGGAGCUGCUCGGUCAACGGUGUUGACGUGGUGUUCAGCUGGUCGUCCGACGGGAAGCUUACCGUGGAUCUUCCAUGGGAUGAAGAAGCAGGAGGGAUUUCUGACGUCGCUUUUCUUUUUUAACUAAGAAGAAAUAUUUAAUUAGUAUUAUUAUUAUCAUAAUAAUAAUCUGUCAGACUCGAAUCUAAUAUGGAGACACAUAUUGUAAUGAGUUCGAGUCACGGAUUAGGCCUCUAUGAGUUUAUUGUCGUGAUAUAAUCAUUUGAAGGACUUGAAGUUAUAAAUGCUAAGAAAUAUUACUUAUAGUGUGGGAUUA